AGAGCGCCGCAGGUGCCGCGCUUGGCGCGUGGGCUGGACGUCGCCCAGGUAUCCGAACACGCAGAAGGCGAUGGCCCAUUCGUGGGCGAGCGAUGCUCCCGACGGGGCGCCGAUGAAGCUCAAGGUCCCGGCGGGGCUAACAGAAGCUCCACCGAGGCGCAGGGCGGUCCGGCUCGGCGCAGACACCCCGGACCCGCCGCCGAUCGUGGAAUGGGUGGAGGAGCUGGUUGACGAUGCCGCGGCGUGGCAGCCGAGCGCCGGGGCCGAGACCCCCGUGAAGCAGAGGCCCGGGGGCAUCGAUUGCGAGCGCCUGUCGUGCAAGCUGUCGCAGCUCCAGGCGGCACCGCCCGACGGCGCCUGGCUCGGCACGCCGUCGCUGGCGGAGCCCGCGACGGUCGACUGCACACGGCUGUCCCGCGAGAUGGACGAGCAGCAGGCCCGCCCCAUGACAGUCUCCAUCGGGACCGUUGGCCACCCGCUCAGCUGCGCGGCCCCCUGCGAGCACGCCAGCCUGCCGGCGGGCUGCCCGCAUGGCCACCUGUGCAAGAAGUGCCACCUCUGCGGGGCCUCCGGCGCCCGCGCCGCCUGCAGCGACGGCGGCGCCGCAGGCGACCGGGCCUCGCUGCAGUGCCCCCCCGCGGUGGAGCCCUCGGUCGGCUCCAGGGGGCACCCCGCGUGCUGCGCAGCGCCCUGCAAGUACCGGAAGCGCAGGGGCGGCUGCCGGAACGGGGCGGCCUGUCCGGAGUGCCACUUGUGCCACUGGCGCCGCCAGCCGCUCGAGGCCCGCAGGGGCCCGGGCAGCGCCGGCGACGGCGCCGGCGAGCGGGAGCCCGCGGAGGCGCAGGCCGCGCCCGCGGCGGUGCAGAGGGCCGACGGCUCGCAGCUCCACGGCGCGGCAGGCCAGGCAGCGGCGAGCAAGGAGAGCCCCUUGGCAUCGGAGUUGCCUGGCAGCCUCUUCUGGAGCAGGCCGCCCCGCCCCGAGACAGACUCCGAGUGCCCCAGCCUGGGCUCGAUCGGCCAUCCCCUCUGCUGCGGACCACCCUGCAAAUACUUCAACAAGACGGGCGGGUGCAAGGACGGCCACAGCUGCGUGAGGUGCCACCUCUGCCAGUGGCACCGCUACCAGGCCAGACAUAUAUCCGGCGCCUCGCCUUGGGGACACGGGCCUCGGACCUCUCGACCAGUUCCCCGGGAUCGGUCUUUCAUCCCGAGUUGUUUCUUGGCGGCCCCUCUUCCCCCUCUUCCUCCA